UUUUUAACUCGUAGGCAUGCUGUGAAUAGCCAGAAUCACUCGUGGGUUAGACAGGGGAGACCUUAUCCUUAGCUAAGCAGGCGUAUGGGAACGCACCUGGGAGUCAUGAGCAGCCCGUUGCAGUUGGUGUUAGGGAAAACGCCGAAACUUUUCUAGCCAAGAAGUGAAUGUGCCUUUUUAGAAUCAGAAAGGAUUUUUAUAAAAAGUUUUAUCUCCAUUCAUAGACAGAUUCUGUGUCAGAUGUGAAAAAAUGCAGACCGACUUGUGUUGAUGUGGUGAUGAGUCAAGGAUUGUGCACAUUCAGCAGGACAUGGACUAUGUUUCUUAGAAUUUGGCUUUACAAUGGAAAAGAUCAAUUUUCAGAAGUAUCUGGGAAAGGUUUGAGCCAUGUCUUUUUUUGGGUCAAUGGACAUCUCAUCUUUGUCAUUUUUCCAUGGAAUUACUAGACAAAAUUUAGUUCAGACCUUACUUUGCAUCCCUAGAUAUAGCCUGUGAUUAAAAUGAAUUUAAAUUAAUUCUCUGUUUUACUAAGCUCUGUCCCAACACUGUAAACACACACAAAGAAGUACUUAAUCUUUAAAAAGACCUUAGAAAGCAGUACACCCCAUCCUGGAAGUUUAUUAGGACAGUGCUAGGACUUUAAAACCUCAGUUGUGUGCACUCUGCAGUCAGCAAGAUUCCCCCUUCAGAUUCAUGGCUUGAUAACACCCAAAGGUGCAAACUGAGAUGGUUGGUAACAGCUUCUUUUUGAAAAGUGUUGGCUGCUUUGGUUGUGAAGAAGAGGAACUCAUCAAGUGCUGCACAGUGACUGGAGAACUCAAUGUUUCUCAUCCAGCACAUGGGCGAGGAGGCUGCUGGAUGGGGACUCUCAGGGGCUUGUGCAGAAUGUGAAGCACAAGAGUUUUGUAGCAUCUGAAAGAGUUUUCUGCCUGGGUUGAGAUAACACCCUCGGAGCUGCUGUCUUGAACUCUGCAAGUGUUUUGUGAACUCAAGGGCAUUCCAGAAGGGAGAAGUGAUGGGAUUUACUGCCUGAAUUUUUGUCCAGAGAUAGCUUCCAGUAGUGUAAAGGUACUAUGUGUUGGAGACCAGGGUCUUCGGCUUCACCUCUCCAAAAUUAGCCUCCUAACAUCAAGUGGGGAAAUCCAGUUCUUUCUUGCCUGUUCUUUUUCCAGCUCCUUGCUUGCAGUAUUGUCUCAGUCCAUGAUGGAGUUUGAUGUUUGAGCUAUGCUUAGCAAAUUAGCAUUUCUUAAGGACGUGUGCUGGGAUAGCCGUUAUUUAUUCCCACAUGAUCCCUAGACACAAGAGUGUUAGUCAAGUAAAAUGGAAGCUGGCAAAGGGCAUCUGAUUGCUUACUGUGAACACAUUAGAAGGGAGGGAAAAGAGCUUCUUAAGCUAAAGAACAAUUUUAGCAGAACAAAUGCCUAUAAAUAGAAGGUGGAUAAAUUUGAGAUGGAAAUUUGAAGAAAGUUUCUCAUCAUCAGAUCAGCUGAGCUCCAGAGCACUAUUCCAGGAUGAUUUGGGGGGAGAACGACCUGGUGCAUAAGGUUGCCAGAUGGAUGCCAGAGAUAAGCAGCUUUUACGCUCCCUGCGCAUUGAGCUCUGCACAGAGGUGCUGGUGGAUGGACUUGUUAUUCAGUAUCUCUACCAAGAAGGGAUUCUUACAGACAGUCAUGUUCAAGAAAUAAAAGCCCAAACCACCAGUCAGAGAAAAACCAUGAUGCUCCUUGAUAUUCUCCCCACCAGAGGACCCAAAGCUUUUGAAGUGUUCUUGGAUUCCUUACAGGAGUUCCCGUGGGUUAAAGACAAGCUGAUGAUGAAGCGCAAGGAAAUGACAGUACAAGGUCCUUCAGAUUUAACUGUAAUUGCACCAUGCAUUUUGAAGACUUCACCAACAGAUCAGCAGCUGAACAAACUUGCGAGGAGGCUGGGACCCGAAUGGGAGCAUGUGGUUCUGUGCUUGGGUUUGUCCCAUACUGACAUCUAUCGAUGUAAAGUCAAUCACCCUCACAACCUGCAGUCACAGAUCGUAGCUGCAUUUGUCCUGUGGAGACAGCGUUUGGGGAAAAAAGCGACGAUCCAAAGUCUGCAAGCCAGUCUGAUAGCAGAAGAAGUGGAUCCUUCUGUGAUACAGUACAUGCUUGAGGGAAGCCAUGCUAUUGAUUGAGAGCUUCCACGUACUUCGUUAAAUUAAAUAUAGAGAGUGGAAAUGUAUGUUGAAGAUUGGAUGCCUCAAACUGGAAAAAAAAUGGGGUUGGAAACUGUGAUUUUAUUAAGCUUAAACAUUCCAGUUUUCUGUGGCAUCUUGUGACUUGUAAUUCUUUUCAUGCCAGAUUAAUUUUUAGCAGGCAUUAAAAAAUGGAUCACU